UUGUUCGAUUCGAAGUGUGCAAAAGGAGAAAAUAUUGUAACUUAUUUAUCGUGAAUAUCAGGCACUAUUAUCUUGAAAGAUUCAUGAAUACUCAAAACCACAAAUGAUGGAGGGCCUGACACAUAAUGAGAAGAUCAUUUGGUCUUGUUGGGAAGAUAAAUCCCCUAGAGAUGUAGUUCGAGAGGCGGCGGCCAAGGGUACUCAUAUAAACUUGGCUGUAAAAUAUUUGAUGGCAUUUAAUUCAUGGACAGAAGUAACUGCAAGGGAGUGGUUCUUAGCUGAGGUGAAAGCAUGGACUGUACAACUUUUGAUGAGAAAACAAAUAUUCAAAGUACUGCAUAUAUUGGAAAAAGUUAAAUUGAACCCUGAAGAUCAUUUGAUGACUUUAGCUGAAGCUUCUCCUGAUAUAGAAUAUAGAGAUUUUAUUGUUGACAAUAUUGAAAAGAUAUCAAAGAAUAUUGCUCCCCAUAACUUAGACAGAUGGAUUAAUUUCAAAAAACAUUGGAAUCUAUUGAGACUCCUUGAGAAAUCUUUUGAAGUUGAUGGAAAGUUCAAACAGAAUAAGGUGUUUGGUGCUGGAAAAAAUAGGUUUAUUGUGAAUGAGAGUGAAAUUAAAGCAUUGACUGUUGAAAAGAUUGAAAAAUAUCCAGUGGAUUGGAAAUGCAAAAUAGCUACAGCACUAUUUUUUGACUCUUUUGAAUUUACAUUGCUGGAGUUUUCAUCACCACAAGAAGUGUGGAAUCAUUUAUUAGAACAAAAUAAAGCUAUGAUUCUAGUACGUUGGAUCAAUGUUCAAACAUCAGAGGUCGUGCGGGAUUUGAAUGCAAGAUACAACUUCUUUAAUAAUGAGGGCUUUGUGAAGAAGUUUUUAAAUGUUGACACAAAAGGUUUUAACAAUGAGAUUCUUGAGAAAUUGGAUAACAUUUUUAGAACUUGGGCUAUUACUGAUGAAAUGAUACAAUCUGUUGCAAAAAGUAAUUGCUUCCCUUACACUAAAAUGUGUAUAUACGACACAUUGUGCUCAUAUGGUAUUGUUAAUGGCGAUGAGCGUAAUAAUCUGUAUCAGAUCAUAUCAAGACUCACCAGAACUCAAAACUUAAGACUUAUCGACGAUAUAUUUUCUGAAUCAUGUGCAACAGUCACUAAGCAACAAUUUUAUGUCGCGUUGGCCAAGUAUUGUGUCAAAAAUAAAUUAUAUAAAGUUUUGACCAUGUGCGUCGAAGGUCAUAUACUUGACACGGAUUUGUCUGAAGUGGAAAAAAGUGCAAAGGAAUGUAUUGAAUUGUGGCUAUUAUUUAAAAGUAUCGAACAAACUUCAGAUCGUCAGAGUCAUGUUGUACCCGUCUAUAAGACUUGUGAACAAAUAGCCCAUGAUAAUAUUGACGAUUACAUAUGUUCUAACCCACAGUUAAUUCUUGGAAUGAUUCUACUUGAGGACAAUGCAAAGUUAUUUGACAUAUUCUCCAAUGAGGAGUUCUUGAACUUUAAAGACUUUAAUUUACCAAACAAAGGGUAUAAAGAUAAGUUGCCUUAUUUGUACAAUGUUUAUAAAAAGUACAGUGAUUCGAAACAAAAGUAUGAUACUAAAGAUGUGAAUGUCUACCAGUUGUUGUCAGGGUACCGUGGUCUAGAUGUAUCUAAAAUAUUUGAGUUUCAGUUGAUAAAUCAAAACACAAAAAGUCUUUUGACUGAUAAAUCAGACAGACGUAGUUUGGGAAGUUUGUUGGCUAAUGAUGUUGAUAUAAACUCUGCUAGUAUAAAAGCCUUGUCCCAGAGAAGCAUGGAUUUGCCUGACUUUUCUAAUGAAAAACUAAUGAAAAGAUAUGGUUAUGUUGCAAAGUUAAGUCACGCUUAUUAUUUGAAACAGUAUCGACCAUGUAAUGCGAGUCAGGCAUUUUUAGCACAGCAAUAUUUGACUUACAACAGGCUUCAAGAGAAGAGCAUAAAGAGUGCAUGUUGUGAAGCGCACGCUCUCGCUCUACAAAAUUGGUUUGAUCCUGCAAUGACCGCGUGCGCGAUUUCAUUUGUUGCGAUGAUCGGUUGCAAUCCCACACGGUGCAGAGUCCAUAUGUCGGCAGCUAAUAUGAUGAGGGGCUACCUGAUCGGACAUAAAGACGUAUCUGAUGUUGAAGCAAACAAGAUUAUCAAUGAUUUUAUGGCUAGACUUAUACAAAGUAAUGAUGAGGCCGCAAGAGAUAUACUACAGCAUCUGGAGGAGAUGACAAUGUUUAGGCUUCAGGAACAAUUUAGUUCAGAUGGAAAAGUUGACAUGGCACUGGUACUGUAUGAAUCGCAAACAAUGGUGAAAUUUGCCAUCUUGCACGAUCUACCACUUCCAGAGAUGCUUUUGAAAGAAUUCAUUAAAUCUAACUCCUGGUUCAAUUUUCUAUUGUUUGGCGACGUCUUCCGAUAUCCAUUGACUCAGAUGUUACGGUUGUCUCAGGAGUUUGAAAACAAAGCAUACGCAGAGCACUUAAAAUACAUAAUGCUGCAUCGAAACUCUGAGGAGGGUUCCGAUAAGUCUAUAUCUAGUAAUGGGCAAAGAAAAAUAUCAAGAAUCAAUUCUUCGGAUACCAGCCCGUGUCACAGUUCCCACAGUAGCUCGCUGUCGUUCGAGUUUCCCAGUAGCUCGGUGAUGGGCUGCGAGCUGUGGGAGGUGGCUGCGGCCUGCCACGGCCCGGACGACCCCCCCGCAGCUUUAUUGAGAGCCGCAGACCUUUACAGGGAGCCUUUACUUGUCCUCAUCGCCAGUUGUUAUGAGCCGAACGCUGUAGACGUGCUAUGGGUGCACUGGAUCCUGUGCUCGCUGGGUCAGAGUGCGCGUGCGCAGUCAGUGCUCGCAUGGGAGAUGUCUCAGCAGCAAGUGCCUGCGCAGCAGUUCCAGAGGGUCGCAGAACUCUGCCUAUCAGAGGGCUACGUCAAUACGUUGCAUGAGUCCAUGCUUAUAUUUAUGCCGGAAAGUCCACUCACACUACUGACUUCGUUUCUUCACCGAUGCAUCCGUCUUAGGAAUUUCGACCCUGAUACGGUGAAGCUACUGUCAAGUUUUGUCCAGCACUGUCAAAGGAGGUACAGUGUGGAUGCUUCAGGCGUCACGUGGCAAUUGUCCAAAGAGGCUUUGCAAAGAGUGGCAGUGUCCCUUGUGAAGAUCGCCUUAACUCAAGGUUUUGAUAGUGCCUUCCACCAAAGGGAAUUUCUGAGGUGUUUGGCUGUAGCGGAAUUCGAAAAAGGAUUUGCGGUACCUACACCCAACUUUAUAACUCUUUACGAAAUUCUGCAAAUAUCCAUGGAGACUUCAUUAGUCGUCAACAUAACCAAAAUGCUCCAGGACGACGUCAAAGAAUAUUUAUCUGAAUGCAUCGAAAUGUUCAUAGCCAAUGGUAACUACGAGGUCGCCAUUAAAAUAGCAAAAUUAGCUAAUCUUUCUGUGAACAAUAUUCUCAAAGCCGAAUGGGCGUAUAAAUACGAAAUGAUGCUAAUGAACGAAGACCUCACGGUACAAGACAAAGAUUUAACACUCUUUAUCACCCAAUGCAGUGAAGCGUUUAAGAAAGCAGCUGUUACAUUUGCCGAUGCAACGGAACAUCUAAUAAGCCACGCGGAACGAUUAACUGAUGCCGUUCAACAAUUCUACACCUAUAGAAUAAUCAUGAGUUGGUUUGAAGAAAACCUAGAAUAUGGUCGUAGAAGGGAAGAAAUCGAGCACCGUAUGUGGGGCGCCUAUUUUCAAAGUGAACCCCAAAAUGACGUGUUUCUUAACAGCUAUCGAAGCACUUUGCAUUUCAUACUGAACGGGCAGAAAGAUGCGAAUUUAUCGAGAAAAAUCGGUCAGAUAAAUGUCGAUAAACCAUUUUCAUCGACGUUGAGAGAGAUCGAGGUUGAAUCCGACGUUGUUAGCAUCGAAAAUGUCGUUAUGUUGGAGGAUCCUGAGGCCAUAGACAAUUGGAGGAAGGUCAUGUACCAAUUGUUGGAAUUGAGACUGUUGGUAGACGCUUUUAGAUUGUCGGCUUUGUUCAAGACGCCACCCGAAUAUAGGUACAGACCGCCGGCGUGUCCAGUGCAGAUCAUAAGGACGUGUCUGAAGCUAGCCGAGGGAACGUGCACGCCUUACGAAUUGCCGCAAGAGUUGCGAUUGGUGAUUUCUGCGCCAACAUUGCAAAAUAGACUAACAGUCUCGGGCACGUCAGACACCAGCUUCGAAGAGCUAGUGGUGAUUCAGGAGAAACAGGACAACGUCCCCGAGAGCUGCCACCUGGCGGCGCGCGAGGAGGCUGAUCGUCUGGCUGCGCUCGAUGCGCUCGGUGUGCGCAGUUCACUCGCCUUAGCGAAGCAGAUCGCCAGUUAUUUUCGCAUAGCGUUACAAAUAGGUUGGGACUACACUUCUGUUUUAAAGUACCAAAAUCGAUCAGUGGAUUUCAUCAAUCUCGUUAGCGGGCGGGCGAGGAUGUCGCUCGCUAACCUUGUCUUCAGGACCUUCAACAUACCUUCUAAGCAGGUUGCCGAAUAUCUCUGCCGGGAAAUGGUCGGAGCUAUAAUAUCGCCGCACCUCGUGAAGACUUCAACUUUCAGGCAAAAGGAGCACUUUCAAUACACUCUCUGGGGGUACACAAUCAAUUCGGACAUAGAAAUGUUUUUGAACAUGCGCCCAGACGCCUGUAGCCACAUUGGGAGAUUGAUACUCGAUCAUUUAAUGGCUUUUCAGAAGAUUUACAAAGCGACAAAUCCGGUUUUACCUGAGAACGUUAAUGAUGAUAGCCAAUUAGAUGUGGAGAAUUUAAUAGAUGAAGAUUAUUUGAAUGUAGAAGGGGAUGAAGAGGAGUCGAUUUUGACUGAAGAAGGAACUUUGAUGUCGGCCGAGACUGAGUCGGUUUUUUCUGUUUCCACCGUGUAUACGACUGGCAUGAAAAUGUCCCGCGAAUCUAGGAGGAACCUGUUCGAUAUGAUAUCGAGGGGCAAUGUCCACAUUAGGUACGAAGUGAAGUCGAAUGUAAGGAAGAUCACUAAAGGCGCCAAAUUGUCAACUAAACAGGUGAACAUAAUAAGCAUCGAGUUGCUAGUGCUCGCACACGAGUGCUUCUCCAGCGCCUGCGACACGGAGGGCGUGGCGGUGGCGCUGCGGUCGGCCGCGGCGCUGGCGGCGCGCCUGCUGGCCGCGCGCUCGUGGCGGCUCAUGGUGCGCCUGCUCACGGGGCUGGCGCGCUACACCGAGUGCGCCUACGUGUUCCAGGCACUACGUGACAACCAUCAGUUUGAGUUCCUACUAGGCCAGUUUGACUACAUGCUCGGGCAACAACCCGACAAAAUAGCGGAGUUCAAACAGGGCUUGCUGGACUUCCUCAAAACCCACUGCCCCGGCGAUACAGACACGUACAUAAUGGUCGCUUUACAUUUCAACAUGUACGCAGAGGCGGCGCACGUGAAAAGGAAACAAGCGUUGAGUUUGAUAGCGGAUUUGGAGAAGAUGGCGUUGGAAGCAGUGAAAAGGACUUCGAGGAAACCUUCUCAGCCGCAGUGGCCGCAGAUACACGAUAAUGUUCCGACAAGGUCGCUGUUGGAGACUGCGUUGAAUCAUUGUACGGACGCCGCUGAGCUGUAUUUACAGGGUGGCUGCACAGGCUUCGCAGGUGAAAUGGCGACGUUGGCGCAACAAAUAGCUCUACAGAUGUCGCUGCUAAACGCUUCGCCCACGAGACUCAUUCUCAAUAGGAGCACGGAGCAGCUUUAUAAACUAGUCAGCGAAUAUUUGAGUUUUAUGGAAGGCCUAGUUCUUCUGUCCGGUCGGUAUGGGUCAGCGUGGCUCGAGUUGGCGUACCGCCGGGCACUCGGCAACGACCAGGCUUACCUCCGAGACAUGGCUGCCUACCGGCCCGAUGUGGCACACAACUUUCUGGCCAGAUAUAAAACGGAGAAAAACAAGACAUCCGUAUCGCAAGCGGCCAUGACAGAACUGAAGAAUCUUUGUAGAUGAUAUCUGACUGAAAUGAGAGGUUGCAUUUUUGUUAAGAUCUCUAAUCGCAUAUAAUGCUCAUUGUUUAACGUUCCAAAGCUUAUUUAAAUGUAAAAUUAUAUGAAUUGUUAUUAUUAGCCCGGCUGAAUAGAUUUAUUUAAAGAACAAGCCAAAGAAAAAGAUUUUGUAGAUUUUGCAUGCUUCUUAACUAUUAAUAUAAAAAUUUGCUUCUUUUACAUUAAUUUAGACUGGGCUACUUUACUUUUUUAUAUUGUAUAUUAUGACUAUUAUAUUUCUAUUAUACUUUUAUGGGCCUUCGCUAUUUCAAUGAGCGGAAAAGUGUCUCAGACUGAAUAAAAUACGAUAAAUAAGUUAAAAUGCUAAAUUUUCUGUACGAAGAGCUCAUCAUCAAACUCAUGAGCAUGAAAAUCAAGCGCUAAAUUAUAAUUCUAUGUUUUUGCCAAUUAAGCUGUUAUGUAAAUUUGGAAAUCUAUCUUAACUACUUUACUACUGAAAGUGAAGGCAGGGAAAAGUUUUGUUUGUUGUUUAAUAACGUCCGCUCCUAUUUUAGCGAUAGCUCCAAAUGUAAUGUUAUGUUAGAAUUAAAUAUUAUAUAGCUCUAAGUGAAUUAAAAUAAUAUUUUUCAAAAUGUUACAAAGCAAUCUUUCGUUAAAUUUUUUCGCUGUGAUAUUUUGAAUUGACUGAUGAAUUAAAUAUCUAUUUUUAUAUUCAAAAUAUAUAAUUGUGUAAU